CAAAUCCAACAAGGCGCUUUGGAUCCACAGCGAAAGACGGUACGACAACCCCCCACGACGCCCAACCCUACCGACCGACACCCAACACACCGAAUUCCCCGGCACCGGCAGGCAUACCCAGAUUCAACAAUGGCCGAGACUCAGACUCAAUCGAAGGAGGCGAACCCCAUGAGGGAGCUCCGCAUCGAGAAGCUCGUUCUCAACAUCUCCGUCGGAGAGUCUGGUGACAGACUUACCCGUGCCGCCAAGGUGUUGGAGCAGCUUUCUGGUCAGACUCCCGUCUACUCGAAGGCCCGUUACACCGUCCGUACCUUCGGUAUCCGUCGUAACGAGAAGAUCGCCGUCCACGUCACCAUCCGUGGUCCCAAGGCUGAGGAGAUCUUGGAGCGUGGUCUCAAGGUCAAGGAGUACGAGCUGCGCAAGCGCAACUUCUCUGCAACCGGUAACUUCGGUUUCGGUAUCUCUGAGCACAUCGAUCUCGGAAUCAAGUACGACCCUGGUAUCGGAAUUUACGGAAUGGACUUCUACGUCAUCAUGUCCCGCCCUGGUCUCCGUGUUGCCAAGCGCAGACGCUGCCAGUCUCGCGUCGGUCACUCGCACAAGAUCUCGUCCGCCGACACUGUUAAGUGGUUCAAGGCCAAGUACGAUGCCACCGUCCGGUAAACUUGCCAUUGAAGGGGGAUUUGGGGGGAACGGCGCAUAAUAAAAGCAUGUGUUUCUAUCAAGGUGCUGCUGGGAUGACGCUGGGUGUUCUGGUUUGAUUUUUUUUCCUUGCUGGGAUCAUUGCCUGUAUUUAUGUGCAAAACGAACCCCUCUACGGCACCACUUGGUGACGGCCACUCUUCAUGAUUUACCUAUCUGCUUCUGCGGACGGAAUCGUGAUAUGUGAGGAUGCCUUCGGGUGUCGCCGGCAAAUCGCUGUGUUACUGUGAUUUUGAAUUUGCCAAACCCGAGUGACAGUAGCGGGAAGGACUAGAAAAGAGCGGACGAUGUCACCUUUUUUGCGGAUGCAGCGGGUAUUCUCAAAAUCUCAAUGAGCGUGGAGGUACGGCAGAAUCACACUACGAAGAAACAAGCCUCAAGCAAAUCCCACUUGACCAGAAUUCGUGCA